AGCUAUAGGAUCUUUGCUAGGAGUGCUCCUCUAAUAUCUUUGCUAGUAUCUUUGCUCUCGACAGAUCCAAAGAUCCUCUGGUAUCGUUGGACAGAUCUGCCGCUGAGCGGGAGCCGAGAGGAAACGAAACCACUGGAGUGGAAUAUUUUUCGCUUAAGGAGCUCAGUAAUUCGCACGGGUCUGAAUCGGGUUGGAGCAAUCAAGAGGAGUGGAUUUGGAAAACGAAACAUCUAACAGGGACAAAGUUUUACAUCAGGAGCACAUUAUUUCUCAUAAGUAUUUGCGACAGUUGGAAUUUAAAUCCACUGCAAUCUCUGUCAUUGAGAGUUAAUGAUUACUCUCAAUGACACAAUGACAUAAUGACAGUUACUCUCAAGAUAGACACAAAAUUCUAGAGUAACUCAGCGGGUCAGGCAACGUCUCUGGAGAAAAGGAAUAGGUGACGGAAACAUUACCUAUUCAGUUUCUCCAGAGAUGUUGCCUGAGCCUCUGAGUUACUCCAGCAUUUUAUGUCUAUCUUUGGUGUAAACCAGCAUUGCAGUUCCUUCCUAGACAGUCUCAAUUUGUUUUGUUUAAAUAUAGACUGUAGUAUGUUCCUGUCCAUUGCAACUGUUUAAUCGGGAUCCUAUUCCCACAUUCUCUUUCAUUUAAUUGGGGCCUCGCUCCCAUGCCCCCCUUUUUAAUUCACUGGUCCCCUCCGACUGAACCAUCCUGCCACAUCCAGAGAGCAGUCCUGAACUACCUUAUCAGGGACCAUUGGACUAUGUUUGAUGAGACUUUACUGGCUUUAUGUUGCACUAAACUAUAUUCCCUUAUGUUAGCAAUGUUACAACAUUUUGAGAUUUUAAAAAAUCAAGUCUGUAAUUUAUCCCUUCAGAUAAAGCAUAAAAAGAAGUUUAAUUUGACACCUAAUUCACUUUCAUAUCUUCACUAUUAAAACAGUUAUGGCCAUUUUCAUACUCGGAAAUUGCAUCUUGUUCCCUAUUGCUUUUUCAUUGACAACACAAAAGCUGUGAUCGAGAACAGACAAAUGCCCAUAACUUUCUUAAAAAUUAAGAGAACUGAAAUAAAAUUUCAGUUAUUAUGGAUUGAAGCAUUCUGAAACAAAUAUGAAACAAUCUUACGUAGAUGACUUGAAAUUAAAGCAUGUAAUUAGUUAGUUACCUAAUUCAGAUUCAGAUUCAGAUUCAGAAAACUUUAUUGUCUGUCGUAACAGAAAAUCUUCUUUGACGUGGCUCAACAAACAGACAGGACAAUGUACUGAUAAACAGUCAUACAACACUGAUUUCUGCGAGCACACACAGUGUGUAUCGAUCUUAAAAGCAAAUAUAAGAUUAAAAACUAAAAAAUAGACAAGGUAAAAGUUGUGGAUACGUGUAAAGUGACAAUGCGUCAGGGUUAAUUUGUCCAUUGUUCAUUGUUAAUUGUAGUUAAUUACAAAAUUCAAUUACUAGAUCUAAACAUCUAUCCAUUUCUUAAGAAUAGAUUAACAUUUUUAAAUAGCCGAAGUGUCCAAAUAACAUUCACAUAAUAAUUCACAAUAUAACAUAAUUUUUAAAUCUCAUUGUCAUGGGUUUAUAAGCCAAAUGGAAGGAAUUUAAUGUUUAAUACCUGUAAAUUAACGGCCAUUUAAAUCAGCUUGCGAGUGGGUUUUUCUGGAACGGGACCAUUUGGAACGUUGCGGUUGCGGUGAUUUAGUCCCCCAUAUCUGCAGCAAAAACACUGCCGGUUCGUUCGGGGAAAAUAAUCACCGUUUCGCAACUUAAAAUAUGAAUUAAAUGCAUCUUAAGAAACACUUUUAUACAUAAAAAUAAACUACUUUCUUUUACCUGUCCCCUACGUAAAAUCCGGCCCCAUUGUCGGCGUUGACGGCUUCAGAAGUUGAUUUUAAAAUCACUCCAGCGAUUAACUUGUCGGGCGAAUUUUUGUUAAAAUCACACAGAACGGCUGUCGGAACGAUUCUUUAGCAAACGCUUGCACUCCAACAAAAUAUAAUCCAGGACCAAGUCGGAAAAAACCGGGUUUUACCCCCGUCCCUCCCUCAAACGCGCCAAAAUCGCGCACACGGCCAGUGGCAGAAUUGCAGCGCCGCUGAAGGAUGGCUCUUGAGAACAUUCGACUGAUGGAGACCCCGUAUCCGGACCUGGUGCUGGAUGCAGGCACUGUAGACUUUGGGGAAACGCAUAGGAAUAACAUGAAAAAUAACUCCUUGAAAAAGGCGCAGUGCAGAAAGAUAGUUAUAUCAGUAUGUGCGCUUUUAAAUUCUGGUGGGGGAAUCGUUCAUGUGAAAGUGGGGAAUAAGGAUUACAACCAGAAAACGGAUGCAAUUGGAUCAGAUAUAGAACAAAAAGUUUACGAUUUGGUCACGGACCCGUCAUUCGUUGAAUUCACGCAGCAAGGUAGCACCAUGAUGAUUUUUGUGCAGUCGUGGUCCAAUAGCAUUAAUGAAGGAAGGAAUUUGCCGCGGUUGUGUUCUAUAGCAACUAAAGUUUACCGUAGGACAGGCACUCAGUGUAUUCAAUUAAGACCCCUUCAAGUGGAGGAUUUAUUUAGAAAACAAUCCACUCCAUCCCGAAGUAGUGAUGAAGAAGAUUCAGGUUCUAGUAAUGGCCCAGCAGCAAAAAGGCCUUGUUCAAUCCCUAACUAUGGGAAUACUGAGUCAUCUUUUGAUAUGUUAGAUCAAAAAGAAUUUCAAUAUGGUGACGUUUUUCAUUUCGGUGAGUCUGCACACAUUGAAUUUAAAGAUUUUUCAGGGGAAAAUACCUCAGAAAGGAUAAAGAAAGCAAUUCCAUUAAUAAUGUCUUCCUUUGCAAAUGCAAAUGGUGGGUUUAUAUUGAUAGGUGUCACUGAUAAGAGGAAAGUUGUUGGAUGUAGGCUUGAAGAACCUGAUAGAUUUAUAUCCGACAUUAUUGGAAAAAAACUCAAGAUUGUGCAUAAUUGUUCCUCUCCAAGGGACAACAUUGAAUACAGACUUAAUGUUGCCAGUGUUAUUAAGGGAUCAGAAGUGGUUGGCUCUUUGAUAAUGUUAUAUGUGAAGCAGUCCUGCUGUGUAGUGUUUGCUGACAAUCCUGACAGCUGGACCGUAGACAAUGACCACGUUAAGACAAUGGAACCUACUAAAUGGGCUGAGAUGUUGUUGGCUAAAGAUCCUGAGAUGAAAAAAUCGGGUAUGAAUUUUAAGAAUGAAUUAAGUGUGACUGCAUCACCACCAAGGUGUAAGCCUGUGUUUUCAGUUGGAGGUGAUAACUCUUUGGACAAGAUGGUACAAAAGUUCUAUAAAGAUGACUGUAAAUCCUUUUGUGGAAUUAAAACAUUUCCAGACACAGUCUAUAAGGAACUAUUUCGUGGUCAUCCAGGUUUGGAACACCUGCUCCCUGGAAUGAAACCUGGAGGAAGAAAUGGGAUUCUGAUAUUCUCCAGAAGCUGGGCUGUUGAUAUAAACUUACCAAAGCACAAUGGUGUAAUAUGUGAUGCCCUGCUCCUGGCCACGGGUGGUGCUCCACUGCUCUAUACUAUUGUCAAAGAAGAAGAUGAGGCAAUAACUGAGUAUUCACGAAACACAGCCAUGUGCAUCAAACAAAAGCUGGUGAAUGUGGGUGGAUAUGCAGGAAAACUCUGUGUCAUUCCUAAUAUCCUUCACUAUGUAGACCCUGAAAUGGCUAAACAUGGUAAUGCAAGCAGUCAGCAGCAGACUGAGAAUGUGUUACAAGUUUGGUACCCAUCAAGUUAUGAAGACUUAACAAAAGAUGACGUCACAAAAUUGCUGAAAGCAGUCACCAUUGUCCUUCUACAUUUCACGUCUGUCCUAAGUGAUAGGAUUGGCAGUGAAUUUCUCAAUCUACUAUCAUUCCAGCAAUUUCAGAUCCUUCAUUCAAAACACGACAUUGAGAACUGUAAAAAACUGUUUAUACAUGGUCUUCCUGGAACUGGCAAAACAGUUAUGGCUGAACAUCUCGUCAGAAGAAUUAUCAACACCUUCCACUGUACAAGAGAUGAAGUUCUUUACAUUUGUGAAAAUAGUCCGUUGCAGAUAUUUAUGAGCCGAAGAUUGGAUUGUAUGUGUGUAACAAGGACAACGUUUAUGAAAGAUGAGUUUCCAAAUGUGAAACAUAUCGUCGUUGAUGAGGCGCAAAACUUCCGCAAUGAAAAUGGUGGCAGCUGGUAUAAUAUGGCUCGGUCUCUCAGAACAAACAAAGAAACGCAUCCUAAUGGACCAGGAGUCUUCUGGAUUUUCAUAGAUCAUUUCCAAACUGCCCACAUUUUUCCAACUGGAUUACCCACAAUUGAUGAUCAGGAUCCGAAAGAGGAGUUGACUAUAGUGGUUCGGAAUGCAAAGAAAAUACACAAUGUUGUCCUUGAAAAUGUCAUUAAGACUUUAAAAUCUAGGAUAGAAGGAUCUGGAUUUCUGAAAAGGUUAGCUCAAAGUACCAUAUGCAAUCACUCAAUUGCUGGGGAGGCUGAAAUAAAUAAUGAAAUGACACAAAUGGAGAUUGUCAACCACAUAGCAGAGCAAAUACAAUCGUACAUUAAGGAAGGCUAUGCACCUGAAGAUAUAGCCAUCCUGUGUAGUAAUAACAAUGAAUGUGAAAAUUACCAUAAGUUACUACAUGUAAAGCUUGAACAACAAAUUGUAAAAGCAGAGAAUAUACUGGAAAAUGCUAUUGUCCUAGAUAGUUUGCGUCGAUUUUCAGGCCUUGAGAGGACAAUUGUAUUUGCCAUCAACCCUGUACCUCAUUCAUCACAGAGCGAACUAACUCCUAACAUUGUGGUCUGUGUGGCGUCGCGAGCAAGGACAAAACUUCAUAUAUUUUAUAAAGUUCCCUUUUGGCUCAAUGCAAAAUAAUUACAUCUGAAGUUGCUUCAGACUCUGUGCAUUUAAAGGGGUGGGAUAAUUAUUGAUGAUACAACAAUCCAAUUCUUAACAUUUAACAUGGGGGUGGCAGUACAGGGUGGGUGUUGCUUCAAAGAGUGCAGUUUCUAACAGAAUGCAAAAGUUUUGACUUUUUUUAAGAGAUAAGCGCUGUUUUUGGUAUUUUAAUUAAGGCAGGAAUAAAUUAAUAAACGGCUGCACUUGUACGGAGUGUAGAUUAGGACAGUGCUAAGUCCCUGAAUGAGAAGGCAGUGCUGUACUCUGGUAUUUAUAGUUUAAACCGGAAAUCAAAUGUUUCUUAGAGUUAAUAGACAAUUUAUUUACGUUGUGGGGGAAGGCUGAAACCUACAGUUUCUGCAGCAUGUGGUUAUUCAGGACACCACAAGUCCUGGGGACAAUAUCUGCAUAAAGGGCUUUCAGCUGCAUGAACUUGACAUUAGGAUUCUGAAGCUUGAGAAAUAGCUGAAGUUGCUGCAGGGUCAGGGAUGCCGGGAGUUUUCUCUGUUGUAUACUCCAGUAACUGGCUUUCUUGUAGCCUCCCAAUUUGAAAGACAGGAAACUUGGGAAUAUUGAGGGUGCGUAUUUUUCUUAAUCCAGUGGUGAAUGACAAUUACUUGAAAGAGGUAGGCUGGAACAUACAGUAGAACCGUUGAUAGAGGACUUCCCGCAGAGAUACAGAGAUGGGUAGAAAUGUAAUGGCCCUGGAGGAUAGCAUCGUCAGGGGUUCAGAGCAGUUUUCUCUAACUAUCUGUGUAUUUCGUGCCUGACGGGGUGCCUCUUUUUCAAAUAUUUCUUGUCUAAUCUGAUUAAAUUUCUUUGGAACAUAGAACAGUUGAGCUCAUGAACAAUGUCUGUGGAAAAUAAUGCCAGUAGGUAAAAGAGAAAGUUGAUGAAGAAGAAUAGCCGAUGCCAUUUACAUGGAUUUUCAGGAGACACGAGAAAGUACAUCCAAAGGCCAGACUGUGGUUUGGAAUUAAAAGACCAGUAACUGCAAACACAGGAGAUUUAGCUGAAGUCAGGAGGAGAGUAGGCAGGAGGUUGUUUAUCAGACUGGAGGAUGAUAGGUGUUCCCAGGAGUUCCAGCCAUAACCAUUGCUUUUAUAUAUCUGUAUAUAGCAAUCAUGUUUAUGCAGCGAGCAGGUGUGAUCUAGCGUUCACUGCCUGUUCGGCUGGUGAAAACUGAGCUAAUCGAGUCUUUCUGAAGGGAAUUAGAUGGGGAUGUGAAUGAAUGAUAUGCAGGAUUAUUGAGAAAGAGGGAGUGAAUGGGACAGAUAGGAUUAUUUUACAAAGAGCAGCAAAAUCUGCACGACCUCUUGUGCCAUUUAAUUUCAAAUGUAACAAAUUUCAUUAUUAAGUAAUUUUUGAUGAUGCCUCUCUCUGAGGAGCAAAGCUAAUUAAUGGGAUUGUCCGCUGUGCUAAAACCAUGUUUUCCAUUGUGGGGUAUAUAUCAUUAGUAACCAUUUUAUCCAAAAAUAUAUUGCUUCCUAUUUUGAUUUAAAUGUUUUUGCUGCUUUUGGUCUAUGCAUAAUGUUAUGUGUCAUCUUGCAUAAUGAACUUUCCAAUCAAGCAUUAUAUUCAAGGAAUUGUUUAUUUCAUUGUACUCGUACAUUAAUUCUGAACGGUUGAAUAUGUUAUUGGCUGCUUUAUCUUUCCAUGUUCAAAUAUGUUUGUAUAAACCAAAGGCUUUCAAUAAACUAACUGUUAAUUAUGGCUUGAGGUUGGUUCUCUCCGUGUCGUGAUCCUCCUGAGGUGAAUUAAGAGUGAAAUACUGAUGCUCGAUUUGAGUAUCAGCUGUGAGUAUUCAACUCAAUUGUUUAUUAACAACAAAUUAGGUAUCAGAGGUCACCAAAUCUAUAUCCCAGUUGAAAUUUCAUAUUUACCUUGUGAUCCCCUUGAAGGUCUCCGAAUCCCGGUAUCAUCUUUACUCUUCUAAUAGGCACAUAUAUUGGAAUCAGGCUAGGGAGCCACAGUGGUGCAGCGGUAGAGUUACUGCCUUACAGUGGUGGAGAUGCGGGUUUGAUCCUGACUACGGGUGCUGUCUGUGUGGAGUUUGUAUGUUCUCCCCCGCAGUAUUCUCUGGGUGCUCCGGUUUUCUCCCACAUUCCAAAGACGUGCAGGUUUGUAGGUUAAUUGGCUUCUGUAAAUAGUCCCUAGUGUGUAGAAUAGAACUAGUGUAUGGGUGAUUGCUGGUCGGCACUAACUUGGUGGGCCGAAGGGCCAGCUUCCACGCCGUAUCCCACUAACCCAAUAAGGGCAUUCAAUGUGAUGGGCCUGACUAAGGGCACUGUGUAAACCAGCCCAAACUGAGGAACACAAUAUGUUAAAUAUGGAUCGAUCACAAUCAGUAAACAGUCCCAAGUGAUAGUGAACAGAUUUUUAAGAGUUAAUUCUCUUGGUAUCAGCUAGAAAGUUAUUCAAAAAAAUUAUGCAUUGAUUCAGGAGCUUCCCAACGUGAAAUAUUAAUUGAUGAUAAAGAAGGCAUGAUUAAUAUAACUCUUACAAAAUAGAAUUCUGUGAGGUGUUUUUGGUAUGUUCAGGCUGUAGGCAGAAGGUGCUGGGUACACACAGCCUAUCGUAAACUCUAGACGAUGCGAACAGAUGGCCAAUAAUAUACAGUUUAGUAAAAUGGGCCCGGGGUGAAGAAAUUCAGCAGUAGAUUGUGGAGCAAUACAUUUUGUUGAGAACAUUGAAGAA